AUGCCUACCCCGCCCCCGGAAAUUGUCGAUUUCCUGCCGAUAAGGAGCCUCAGCCCUGCCUUCCAUGCUGGGAGUUCGGACGACGAAGACUCCUCCUCCGACUCGAUAUCCUCGGGCGCAGCGCUGGAGGUUACAAGGCCCAGAAAGUCGCAUACAGUGUCUGAGCCUGUGUCGGCAGUCGAGUCAAAAGCCGAAGGGUUCGGCAACCGGCCUCGAAACACGUCUGGCUCCAAGAGACCGCAAGGCCACGAACAAGUCAGGCGUCUUUCUGCUGCAGGCAUGCAGCACUUGACCGAACCCGAGUCCCUGCCUGUCGCCGUUGUGUCGGACGACGGUGCAGACCAUGGCCGGCCCCCGCUCAUCUCCCUGGCCGAGCAGAUCAAGGGCCUUCGCCAGUCGGCCCAUCAGUUGCCCGACACCGCGAGGAUAGGUCCCUUGACUGCUGAUAGCGGGCGAACAUCGCGUGCCUACGAACAAUGGCGACGACCGACCACAGGAAGAACCUUAUCCACGCCGCCUGGAAACCGAAAAGAUGACCAGUCACGGACUUCACCUCCACGUCGCAACUCGUUGAACCCCUCUCUCCGCCCUCCGCCGCUGAACCUUAACUCGAAUAGCACCGCCGCCUUCUCAACACCCAAGACGACACCUGCGACGUAUCUAAGACCGCAGGCGGUAGAGCCGGCUAUGCCGUCACCAAUGCCGCCUUCCAUUCCCCUGCCUCCCAUGUCCAUCCCGACUCACCUCCAACUCGAGCUGUCAACGCAACGCCCGAGCCCCUUGUACAUUCACCACUCGCAUACGAAUGAUAUUCCCUACGAGUCCAAUGCCGUCAAGAUUGAGCGCCUCAAAAACGUCCUACUGAUUCCGUUUUACCUCGAGAGAACGCUCUCUUUCGGAACGCUAGCCUGUCUGGACGCCUGGCUUUACAAUUUCACAAUCUUGCCUAUCCGAUUUUGCGUCGCCGUUGGCGUCUUGAUCCGAUGGUGGGUCUACGUAGUGGCUAGGGAAGCCAAAUGGAUAGCAAAUUAUGUCUGGAGCGGACUUGGUCGACUGUGGUCCCGAGGACGACGGCCGUCCGUUCACGCACAAUGCGAUGAGUGCGAUGCCGCGCCUGGGACGCUCAGUCGUAGCCAAAGCCAGAGUCGACUGAAGCGCACUGCCAGCUCGCACGACAAUUUGGUCAAGGUCGCGGCUGCCGACAACCACAUGCCCCGACACUGGUCCCCAGAAAUCCCGUCUGAAACUCUCCGGCACCGCAGAACGAAGUCGAUGCCGUCGAGUCUGACGUCGAUGCACAAGGCCGAUAUCCUGCAAGGUGCCAUCAUUCUUUUUAGCUCGACUUUCCUGAUGAACCUUGAUGCGAGCCGAAUGUACCACGUGAUUCGAGGUCAAGACGCCAUCAAGCUCUUCGUCAUUUACAAUGUGCUUGAGGUUGGCGACCGUCUGCUGUCCGCCUUGGGCCAGGACAUCUUUGAAUGCUUGCUCAGCACCGAAGCGCUUUCACGCAACAAAUCGGGGCGCUCCAAGCUGCUGCUCCCCUUCGGACUGUUCCUUCUCGCUCUCGUCUACAACUGCAUACAUUCCGUUGCAUUGUAUUACCAGGUCAUCACGCUCAACGUUGCAGUCAACUCGUACUCCAACGCUCUGUUGACCUUGCUCUUGUCAAACCAAUUCGUCGAAGUCAAGAGCACCGUCUUCAAGCGUUUUGAAAAAGACAAUCUUUUCCAGUUGACUUGCGCAGACAUCACCGAAAGAUUCCAACUCUGGCUCAUGUUGUUCAUCAUUGGCAUGCGCAACGUUGUGGAGGUCGGCGGUCUCUCCAUCCCUGGAGCUGGUCUCAGCGGUGACUUAAAGGUGCCAAGUACCAAACCGCAGCACAGCCCCUUCAUUCUACCCCAUAGCUUCACCGUCUUGCCAUCCUGGCUGUGGUCAGGGGAGGUCCUCUCACCAUUCCUCAUCGUCAUAGGAAGCGAGAUUCUGGUUGAUACCAUCAAGCAUGCGUAUAUCAACAAGUUCAACAAGAUCAGACCAACCUUCUACAGUAGAAUCCUCGACAUUCUGUGCAAAGAUUACUACACAAACGCAUUUGUCAGGCCUAGUCUGACUCGGCGCGUUGGGCUUGCUACGCUGCCCUUGGCUUGCCUCUUCAUCAGGGCGUCUGUUCAAACAUAUCACAUGUUUGUCUCGACGCGAGUUGCAGCGCCCAUCAUCAGAUCAACACAGACGUCUCUCUCAGAGGAGUCGGCCACUCCGUCUUCGCCUGCCAUGACGGCUGCGCUCGACCGACUGGACUCGCUUCUGCGGGACGCACUCGGUCGGGCAGUGUACGGGCAGCAAGCGAGUGGUUCAUCGAACGGCAAGGCUUCCUGGUUCUCCUGGUCAACCGACGAUGUCAUCGCUGCGGUGACCAUGCUUGUCGUGUUUUUCAUCGCAUUUUUGGUUUUGCUUGUUUUUAAGAUAUUACUCAGCAUGAUCCUUCUCCGCUACUCGAGGGAUCGGUAUGCGAGGAUGAAGAAGAAGGAACAUCUCAUCGCUACGGCUCAGGCAGAGCCAGAUUCAUACGACGCAAAGGGAAAGCGGCUGGGUGGUUACGGCCAUGUGGAGAUCCCGGAUGAAAAGAAGCGAUGGAUCCAUGCCGAUAAGGACGAGGGCCUCGCUGGCAAGGGGCGGCCAGCAAAAUCCGAUAAACCACCCGAGGGUGAAUAUCACGGCGUUCAGCGGUAUGAAAUGGUUACGAAACGCAUUUGGUAG